UGCAGACGAUCUUUCCGCCCAAAUGCCGUCCGAAAGAUGCGAAGGAGGGCAGUUUUCAAAAAUGGCGACUGCAAUAUUCUCCAAUCAAGAAUUUCGAGACGAAGGUUGAGGUAUCUCCAAGACAUUUUCACCACAUUGGUAGAUUCCCAGUGGAGAUGGACACUAACUAUAUUUGCCAUAGGAUUUAUAGGUUCCUGGUUGACUUUUGCGUUGAUCUGGUGGCUGAUAGCAUAUACUCAUGGAGACUUGGAGGAAGACCACCUACCAGAAAGUCAAGCUGAUAGCGGUUGGUCGCCGUGUGUCUUAAACAUCCACGGUUUUACAUCUUGUUUCCUGUUCUCGAUAGAAACGCAACAUACUAUAGGUUACGGCGUUCGAACGACAACCGAAGAAUGCCCGGAAGCCAUUUUUAUCAUGUGUAUGCAAAGUAUCUCCGGAAUGAUCAUCCAAUCAUUUAUGGUGGGCAUCGUUUUUGCCAAGAUGACCAGGCCGAAACUGAGGACGCAAACAUUACAAUUCUCAAGAAACGCGGUGGUGUGUCAGAGAGACGGACAUUUGUGCCUCAUGUUCAGGGUAGGGGAUAUGAGGAAGAGUCACAUUAUAGGGGCGAGCAUCAGGGCACAGUUGAUUAGGCCUAAGAAGACGAAAGAAGGGGAGAUUUUGAACAAUUUUCAAACUGAGCUCUCCUUGAAUGCAGAUGGAUGCGACGGAAAUUUGUUCUUCAUCUGGCCUAUGACCAUCGUUCAUCAGAUUGAUGAAGAUUCUCCAUUUUACAAUUUGUCAGCCGGAGACAUGUUACAGGAGAGGUUCGAGAUCGUCGUAAUACUAGAAGGAACGAUUGAAAGCACGGGUCAAACGACGCAAGCCAGAUCAAGUUACAUAGCCAGUGAAAUAUUGUGGGGCCACAGGUUUGAACCAGUAGUGUGUUACAAUAAAGAACGGCAAGGCUAUGAAGUUAACUACUCGAAAUUCGAUAGUACUGUUCCCAUCGACACACCCUUAUGUUCUGGAGCUGAGCUAGCAGAAUUUUAUAGGCUGCAACAAUCCCCAGACUCUGCUGAUGUUACGUUGCCAUACAGCGAUAUUCCAUCGCCUUGAGCCUUGAUCGACAGAAUAUGAAGACAAUGAUAGAGAUGAUUUUAGAUUUUGAUUCAUUUGUAGAGAAAUACUUAUAUCGAUUUGAUAUAUAUGUAUAUAUAUAUAUAUACAUAUAAAUGUAACUUGAGACAUCGUCAUUGUCGUCUAGACCAGUUAGGUGAAAAAUAAAGCUUCCCCCUUUUGUUGGGUACUUCGACAAAAUUCAAGCAAUGAGGACUCUUUAUACUUUAUUAAUGUCCAGCUUUCAAUGGACUUUGCCAUCUUCAUCAGGAGCUGCAAUAACAUUGGGAAGAAAUAGCAACUAUUGUGCAAAAUGAUUUUAAACUAACUUACAGUGGUAUAUAUAUAUAUAUAUAUGUAAGGAUCUUUUUACCUGUUCUAGAAUCUCGAUAAACGGUUGGUAACAGGAUCUAACUUAAUACUUUUAAUAUUUUUGGUUUAAUGUCUGUAGAUGCAUUUGUUACAUAAAAGGCUUAAAAGUGCAAAUGCGUUUUUCUCGGCUCUAUUGGUUGUGAAUUAAAACACUCGAUUCCACAAAAAGAAAUGUACUAAUUUAUUUACAACACAACACAACUAUCUUUAAGUUAACUGGAUAGAACAUUUAUGUACACCACUAUUUAUGUCUGACUACUUAUUUGCGAAUUAUGUCUCGCUAUUCACUUUAACUCCGCACUCCGCUUCAGCCGUCGGCUUAUACAUGCGGCAUCGCAGGUCGCAGGUACUCGUUAAUUCUAGAAAGUUCCUGUACGCCACAUAGCGGCCACUCCAGAACCUUCGGGGUCAGUCUCGCACCUCGCUUCGAAUGAGAAUCCCUGGCGAGGUUCCCGACAGAUGGCGCUAGUAGUGUCAUUGUUGUCACAAUAUGUAUGUGGGUUCACUGAACGGAUUUCAGCAGCCCAAGGUAGUCAUUCAAAACGAUGGACCUUAUGGUAGCUACCGAUAUGCAGCGCCAUCUAUUGGAUAGUAGCCGCCACAAAAAAAAAUCGUUCAGUUGGGCUACCAUCCGAUAGAUGGCGCUUCUUUGUAAAGUGCUAUCACAGACCUCACAAAAUUUAACUAGUCAAAAAGAUCCUUUAGGGGCGGCUGGUCGGGGUUCGGGACGGGUUUUAUGGCAACGAAUCUACAAUGAUCAAGGAUCUUAAAUUUCCGUGAGGGGGGUUAAAAUCCCCCCAUUUUUGGAUGAAAAGAUUAUUUUGAUUCGAUUAGUUUAUUAUAUUCUAAUAUUACGUAUUAGAUUUGGCUUUGUUGAAAAACAAAGCGUCCUCCUCCCUGUAUGCAUCGAGGCUUACUGAACGGAUUUUAGCGCCUCAAGGUAGUCAUUCAAAAUGGUGGACCUUAUGGUAGCUACCGAUACGCAGCGCCAUCUAUUGGAUAGUAGCCGCCACCAAAAAAUUCGUUCAGUUGGGCUACCAUCCGAUAGAUGGCGCUUCUUUGUAAAGUGCUAUCACAGAUCUCACAAAAUUUAACUAGUCAAAA